UGGUUGAUUGACACACCUAGUAUGAAUGUUUUUCCUCAGAAAACAGACACAAAAGGACGAAGAACAUGAAAAUUCAUAAAAAUUGAAGUGCUACGACGAAGAAAUUCGAAGAGAUACGAUGAAAGGACGCGGACUGACUGAGCAAGUCGAGGCCUGAGGGAAAUGAGGUGCAGUCUGAGAAGUGGUCCAGCUGUUUGCUCGUUCAGGACUACAGUUCUUUGAAGCUCCUUUCCCUGCUGCCCGAGCCCAGCCGCUAGUCCUCUGUGUCCCACACACACACACUGCUCACUCCCAGCCAGGAUGGCGUCUUGUCUGACCCUGCACAUGGUGCUGCUGCUCAUCUCUGGGGUCCUAGCCCCUGCGGUGCUCACAGCAGAGGGUCCCCAGGUGCCCAGUCCCACCCUGUGGAACGAGCCCAUUGAAUUGCCAUCCGGUGAGGGUCCUUUGGAGAGCACCAGCCACAGCCAGGAAUUUGCAGCCUCAGGCCCACCGUUCCCCACCUCUGCCCCAGGACCAGAGGACAACAGCCCUCCUGCAGGGGUGGACCAGGACGCAGGAUCGCUUGGGCCUGGAGCCAUUGCAGCCAUCGUGAUCGCCGCCCUUUUGGCCACCUGCGUAGUGCUGGCACUCGUGGUCGUUGCGCUGAGAAAGUUUUCUGCUUCUUGAAGCCAAUAAAGAGCUGCGCAGGCCCGCCCGCGGCGACUCUGCAA